AUGGCUCACGCGGAAGUUGAAAACUCCCGUGAGUCGGUUUUACCGGUUUCGAGAAACCGACUCACCGGUGAAACUGGUUCGCUCCAGCGUCCCCAGAAGGCGCGACCCAACAUGGAAGGUCGACGGACUGCCUCCUACAAUAUCUUUCCGUCUCAAAACCCAGACCAAAAAAUCCCUUUUCCUGAUGUUUCCGACAAUUCGCAUUCCCCUGUCCACCGCCGAAAGCGUGGCUCCAUGGCCUCAAGCUUCGCCCACGAUGCAUCAACCGAAACUGAACAUACCGCGAAUGCUGAAUCACAUCAGUUGAUGAGUGCUUCCGACCAAAACACCUCCUCAGAAGGUCUCGACUCUCGAUCUUAUAAGAGCAAAUAUGGCAAGCCGAAAGUCCAUAUCAAACCUAUCCUGCGGAAAAUGUCUCGAGAUGAUGCGCCCUCCACCUCCAUUGAUCUCAAUCGUUCUUCGACGGAGCAAGAAGGAUUAGGCAUAUACAUGAACUUCGAGCGGGAACGGGCACACAGCGGGUCCUUGACCGGUGUCACAUACAAAAGGACGCCUUCCGGUCUGCACAAUCGAUCCACCAGUGGAACCUCUCAAUUCUCGAAUGGCUCAGGUUCCAGUGGAGGUAAGCCUGGGUCACAGUAUGUGCACCCUAUGCGACAAACCCCCCGAGCAUACACUCCACCACUCGGCCAGUCCUAUCAAGAGUCGAACGAUAGCGAGGAGCUUGAUGAGACCCCCGAGUCAGAACCCGCCGACUUGCCAGAAUCGUAUGCUUCUUCAGUCCAAGCACCACCUCGACUGUCAUUGCAAAUUCAAGAUGAUUCGUUCACGCGUCUCCCGUCAAUUUCGCAGACGAACGUGACCAGCCGGCCUUCCUUUGGAUACUCGCGGGAUAUGGAUGGUACUACAUCUCCAAUGUCCCGAACUUCUCUCGAUUUUGUGUUCCGAUCCCGAACUCGGACAAGUACCGAUCCAAUCUCUCGUGCGGCCACUGUACAAGCAGCCCGCCAGGCAUUUGAGGAGAAAGAAGCCGCCAAGAACCGACGACUGGAAAAGCAACAACUCAAAGCCGAAGAGAGAGGUAGUCGACGCCGCUUGAAGCGACACACCUCGGAGAGCCCCGAAUCUCCCGUUGUGAAUUCCAGAGAAGAUAUUUCCGAGAAGCCCCGAAGAUCCACUGUACAUGAGAGUGAGAAACCUUCCGUCUCAUGGAAGUCACAAUCCAAAAGCACAUGGGUGCUUUUCAUGACAUGGCUUCGUACUCGGAUUUUCAAACUGAAGCGAAAGAUCCGAAAGCAUUGA